CUCCUCCUCCUCUUUAUUUCCCACCCCUGAAUCCCAAGCCCAAUUCCCACACGCCUUCCGCCGAACCCCCCGAAUCAGGAGCCCCAUCCACGCCGCGGCGUCUCCCCAGCUCUGAGGCCCGACCCUCCAUGGCCUCCUCCAACCCCAGCUCCGGCGCCGCCGCCGCCGACGACCUCGACCAGCUCCUCGACAGCGCCCUCGACGACUUCACCAGCCUCGAUCUCGCCGCCGCCCCCAAAAGCAGCAGCGAGGCAUCGGCAUCGUCGUCGUCCGGGAGCGCGAGGCCGGUGAGGGGCCUGGGGAUGUCGCUGCCUGACCCCAGGGCGCCAAGGAGGCGCGCGGCGAGGCAACCCCCGCCGCUGCCGAGGGGCGCGCACGCGUCAGAGGCGCUCGAGAAGCUGACGCGCGAGACGCGGGAGGCGGUCCGGGGGCUCGAGACGGCCACCGGGGGAAUCGCAGGCCUGGAUGACGAGGCGAUGAUGGAGGACUUUGUGAAGCAGUUCGAGGAGUUCGCUGGCGCGCAGGAUAUGGACUCUAUUGUUGAAACAAUGAUGAAACAACUUCUUUCCAAGGAGAUUCUUUACGAACCCAUGAAGGACAUUGUAGAGAAGUACCCAAAAUGGCUGGAGGAUAACAAAAGCAAGAUAAGCAAAGAAGAAUAUGAGCGUUACGGCAAUCAGCUUGAACUCAUGCUGAAACUUAAUGAGGUCUAUGAACAUGAGCCUGAGAAUAUGUCUAAGGUUUUUGAGAUUAUGCAAAACAUGCAAGAAUGUGGUCAGCCCCCCAGUGAUCUUGUUCAAGAUAUUGUUCCGGAUCUGGAUCUGAGCAAGUUGGGACAACUAUCUCCUGAGAUGCUUGAAUCAACAGAAAAUUGCUGCAUAAUGUGAUGAGCAAAGCAUUCCAUUGGGUGCAAAUUCCAUGUAGUAGCGACAAUACCUGUAACCAGUUGAAAUUUCUUUUCGUUGGAUUAUUUGUGAAGCUCUGCAGAUAUAAAACGUACUCAGUUUUUCUUAUUCUUGGAUGAAUGUCAUAUUCGGUUCAGUUGAUGUACUAUAAUAAUGAGCAAAGUAAGUCUGUUUGGAUA